UCGACUUUCGAUUGUCUCUCAACUGACAACUGCGUCUCCAGACUGCGGAAGCCGUUCAUUCUUCCGACCAUCUCUUUCCAACUGUAAUGUAAUCCUCAAUCCAUUGGAUUGUGAUUUCUUACCACGACAAAAGUGUGAGAAACUACGUGAAAUCACGUAACGUCGUUAGACAACGACGGCGGUGGCAUCCGCAGUUGAGAAAGUCCGGGCAGGCCUCUACUGUGGUAUGUCCAUAGACUGAUCGGCGAUGUUGGGACGGUCGGAAAUUGGACAGAUCGUCCGCAGGGAGGGAGGCAGGGAGGGAGGGGCACCGAAGGAAGAGAGGAUCCAGAAGCUCGGAGGCGAAGUAUCUGAUGGAAGAUUAUGAUGGCGUCUGUUAAUUCUAUGCGGCAGAAUUCGUACUCGACAGCUGUAGCUCGUGACGUUCUAGCGGACGGGCGUGCAGCAUGCUACAAGGCCAGGGAUGAGUUCUAUGCGUGCCUUGACAAGACGUCUGGUUCUACACCCACUGAAGUAGCAUCAGUCGGGCUUCUAUACUCGACUGACUGCAAACAUGCUCGUGAUGACUACAUGAAGGCCUGCCGUCCCACAUGGGUAAAACAUUUUGAUCGUCAAUAUGCUGGAAAGAAGCGUGUAAAACGUUUGCUUGAUAAAGAUACAACCCAAGGAGACAUCAAGAAUUUUUGAAGACUUGCAUUGAGCCGGACGACUUUCACCAGAAAGGUCUUCGCAGAUUUUGGGGAUUCGGCAAGCUAGUCCCUUUGUAGAGUUCUGGAUCCACAGAUAAGAGGAUUCUCGACGGAGAAACUUCUUGAAGCCAUCGAAUUUCUGCAUGUCUUGCGAAGAAGAGAUUGGCCGGACCUUGUCACUAUUUGCAGCACUUCCGACCCCAAUUUUCCCGAAGCUAGACUAAACCAUCCUGUAAUCUACAACCAGUUGAACACCAGCCACAGUCGGUUUAAAUCAAUGAACUAGGCAGAAACACGAGAGUUCAGACGCACGGAGAGCAUCGUCUGGCACUUCAUGUCACUGUGCAGGGAACUGGGUAUUGAAGCAAACUGAAGAGGUUACGAAGGACUAAAGCGGAUACCUCUUGUCUACAUUGCCCUCGUUGCCCAAAUGACGGUUGAACGCAUGUCGGCGCCAAGGGAGAAUUCCGAGGCAGUUAGCACACACACAAAUAAUUUAGUUGCAUAGGUUCGGUGCCACCGAGACUGAAUCUGCGAGCAUGAAGGCUCCAAGGCUUCAGGAUUGGAAUGCUCUUCAUAGUCUUCAAUAUAUAUUCCACGAAAUAAAUAUGACCUUCACGCGUGGGUGUGUAGAAUUUACAACAAUACAGACGAUAACCCCCAGCCCUUCAGAAGCUGCUGGAGCUGAUGGUAGUUCCUCAGGAAAAAUGUGUUGAUCACUUGGAAGCCUGCAGAGUCCGCAAUGUAUAGCCUACCGUGUAAAGAUGUGAUCACAACGGAUUCUCAAUAGACAACAAGUUCGC